GAUGAUGAGUUGUUAGGUGUUAAAAAGAGGGGGUGAUGUGAAAAGAUGUAAAGAUUUGAUUUUGGAUCGAUUUAAGGACGCGUUAUACACGGAAUCGCAAAUUUCUGUAUGCCAUCAAACAAUUCGGCGCAUAUUUAGCUCUAAAUAUUAAACAACAACACUCUAUUUUUCUCUCUCUUCUUUCUCUUUCUUCUUCAUCUUUGAGGAAUUCAGAAUGAAUAGGUCUCAAGAUCAAAGGUCAACAAGACCUGCAAAACCACCCACAAUCCAUACUUGUGCUCUCUCUGGUGAUCUUCUUGGACUUCAGAAGUUACUUCGUGAGAAUCCUAAUCUUCUCAAUGGGACAAACCCUGUUAUGGCACAAACACCUCUUCACGUUUCUGCCGGUAACAAUAGGGCUGAGAUAGUUAAAUUUCUUCUUGAGUGGCAAGGAUCAGAGAGAGUUCAGAUAGAGGCCAAGAAUAUGUAUGGAGAAACUCCAUUGCACAUGGCAGCAAAGAACGGGUGUAGUGAAGCAGCACAGUUACUUCUUGCGCAUGGCGCUUUUGUAGAAGCAAGAGCAAAUAAUGGUAUGACACCCUUACACCUUGCAGUUUGGCACUCAUUAAGAGCAGAAGAAUUCUUAACUGUGAAAACAUUGCUUGAACAUAAUGCAGAUUGCAGUGCAAAGGACAAUGAGGAAAUGACGCCUUUGAAUCAUCUUUCGCAAGGCCCUGGAAAUGAGAAACUUAGGGAACUAUUAAACAAGCAUCUUGAAGAACAGAGAAAGAGGCGAGCUAUUGAAGCGUGCGGUGAAACCAAAGCUAAGAUGGAUGAACUUGAAAAGGAGCUUUCAAAUAUUGUAGGCCUUUAUGAUCUAAAAAUACAACUACGGAAGUGGGCGAAAGGUAUGCUUUUGGAUGAGAGGCGUAGAGCUCUCGGUCUGCAUGUUGGCACUAGACGACCCCCUCAUAUGGCCUUUCUUGGAAAUCCUGGAACAGGUAAAACUAUGGUAGCACGGAUCCUUGGAAGAUUACUUCAUAUGGUGGGAAUUCUACCUACUGAUAAAGUGACAGAAGUUCAACGGACAGAUUUAGUUGGCGAGUUUGUUGGUCAUACUGGUCCGAAAACCAGGAGGAAGAUCCAACAAGCAGAAGGGGGAAUUCUUUUUGUCGACGAAGCUUAUAGACUGAUACCAAUGCAGAAGGCAGACGAUAAGGACUACGGAUUGGAAGCCCUGGAGGAGAUAAUGUCAGUCAUGGACAGUGGAAAAAUCGUAGUAAUAUUUGCAGGGUACAGCGAACCGAUGAAACGAGUAAUAGCUUCCAACGAAGGUUUUUGCCGAAGGGUGACCAAGUUUUUUCAUUUCAUCGAUUUCAGUUCGGAGGAACUAGCAACAAUCCUUCACAUCAAGAUGAACAACUUAGCAGAAAAUAGUUUACUAUUUGGAUUUAAGUUGCAUUCUGAAUGCAGAAUAGAAGCUAUAUCAGCGUUGAUAGAAACGGAAACAACCGAAAAACAACGUAAGGAAGCGAACGGCGGUUUGGUGGAUACCAUGUUGAUUAAUGCAAGAGAAAGUUUGGACCUAAGACUUAGUUAUGACUGUAUAGAUACAGAAGAGCUUCUUACCAUUACAUUGGAAGAUUUAGAAGCAGGUAUUGGCCUAUUAUCACAGUAACCAUUGUUAGGCAAUUAGAUAUUUUGAAGAGAUUCAUUUGUUAUUCACCAUUGGAAACAUUGCAAGUUUGCAUCAAUGAGAAGGUUUUUGUGUAAUUGAUAAUGUUAUGGAGGUUCGAUUGAUGCACUUUGAGAAGGUCUUACAUUGUAUUCUUUGUAGGUUAUUCAUUUUAAUAGGGCAGUAAUAACUCUUGAUUUGUGUCUGUCCUAAAGUAUUUCAAUUAGCUAUUUCACAUUUAUGGUUUGUUAA